CUGGGCAGGUGACAUCCUGGAUAGGCCUUUUCAAAGAGGGCCAGAAAGGCAACCACAAGUGGAUGGAUGGCUCAACUCCCACCUACACUUCCCAGGUGCUCUGACAGUCAUCAUGAACGUCAGGUGGCGGAGGGACUGCUCAUGUUCUGCAGGGUGAGGGCUCCUUGCCCCCACCCCCAGAAGUCCUCCUGGGCCAGGCUCAGCUUGGACCCGGAGCUCCUGCCCACCAGGCCGCCUUCGCUCUCUCCCCACCCAGGGAUGGCUGCCACUCUGGCCCUAAACCACAGCUCCGUGUCUGAAUUCAUCUUCGUGGGCUUCUCCACCUUCCCAUCUCAUCUCCUGCCCAUCUUCUUCCUGCUGUUCCUGCUCAUGUACCUGUUCACGCUGCUGGGGAACCUGCUCAUCAUGGUCACUGUCUGGAGCGAGCGAAGCCUGCACACACCCAUGUACCUCUUCCUGUGUGCACUGUCCAUCUCUGAGAUCUUCUACACCUUGACGAUCACCCCGCGCCUGCUGGCCGACCUGCUCUCCUCCCGCCGCACCAUCGCCUUUGCAGCCUGUGCCAGCCAGAUGUUCUUCUCCUUCACAUUUGGCUUCGCCCACUCCUUCCUGCUCACCGUCAUGGGCUACGACCGCUACGUGGCCAUCUGCCACCCCUUGCGCUACAGCGUGCUCAUGAGCCCCCAUGGCUGCACCUGCCUGGUGACCUGGUCUUGGGCUGGUGGCUUAGUCCAAGGGAUGGUGGUGACCACAGCAGUCUUCCAUCUCACCUUCUGUGGACCCAAUAAAAUCCAGCAUUUUGGAUGUCAUGUGCCCCCUCUCUUGAAGCUGGCCUGUGGAACUGAUGUACCAAUAGUGGCCCUGUGUGUGGGGCUGAUGUGCAUCACUGUAUUGUUGGGCUGCUUUCUCCUCAUCCUCCUCUCCUACACAUUAAUUGUGGCCACCAUCUUGAAGAUCCCCUCUGCUGAGGGCAGGCACAAAGCCUUCUCCACCUGUGCUUCCCACCUUAUUGUGGUCAUUGUGCAUUAUGGCUUUGCCUCUAUCAUCUACCUCAAGCCCAAGGGUCUUCACUCCCAGGAAAGUAAGACCCUGAUGGCCAUCACCUACACGGUCCUCACGCCCUUCCUCAGUCCCAUCAUCUUCAGUCUCAGGAACAAGGAGCUGAAGACUGCCAUGAGGAAGACCUUCCUCAGUAAACUCUAUUCCUCCAGCAUCUAAGUGGCCAGUGUGAAGGUGGUGUUAGAGGAAGGUAGAAGGAUGACCAUAUCCCCAUCUGUACAAUGGGGUUAACAGUGACUACCUAGUAUGAUUGCUAAAGAAGUGUGACGGCACGCAGGACAUAGCAGGUGCUCAAUAAAUGUGAGCCUUACUUCUUCUUCCUCCUUUGAUUUGUGUCUUGGAUAUUAGUUUUAUUUGUAAUCAAACAGCUUUCCUGAGAUAUAAUGCACAUGCCAUUAAAUUUACCCAUUUAAAGUACACAAUUCAGUUGGUCUUUAGUACACUCAGAGUUAUGUGAUCAUCACUACCAUCAAUUUGAAACAUGUUUGUCACCCCAAAAGGAAACCCCCACACAUUCAGUCUCCAAUUCUCAGUAAAUUCCCAUAACCCCUAGCUGUAGGAAACCACUUUUUUUUUUCAGAAAAUAUUGUUUAAAAAUGUUUAAAUGAUGUAUAGUUGUCACACAAUGCUACCUUAGUUUCUUUUAUUUUCUUAAUAUAGUGUUCCAUUAUUUUUUGUUUGCAUAUAACACCCAGUGCUUAUCGCAAAAUGUGCCUUCCUUAAUACCCAUCACUUGGCUUACCCAUCGCCCUACCCCUGUCUUCUCAGACCCCUCAGUUUCCUGGUGUCCAUAGUCUUUCAUGGUUCACCUCUCCCUCUGAUUUCUCCCCCUUCAUUUUCCCCUUCUUUCUCCUAAUUUUCCACAUAUAAGUAAAAUCAUAUAUUAAUUGUCUUUCUCUGGAUUAUGCUAAGUUACAUUAAUUUCGAUUGUACAACAUAGUGAUCUGAUGCCACACAAUGCUAUUCGAACACCAUUGCCUACAUUCCCUACGCUGUACCUUUCAUCCCCAUGACUUGUUCAUUCCACUUUGCCUAUUCGGAACAUUCAUAUAAAUGGAAUUACAUUAGGUGGUCUUUUUGACUGAGCUCUUUCACUUAGUACAAUGUGUUCAAGAUUCCUUCAUGUUGUAGAUAUAUGAGACCUUCUUUCCUUUUUAUUGCCAAAUACUAUUCUAUUAUAUGGACAUACAAUAUUUCCUUUCUUUCUUUUCUUUAAUUUAAAUUUUAGUUAGUUAACAUCCAAAGAAAUUUUGGUUUCUAGAGUAGAAGUGGUUCUUCUCUUAUGUACAACACCCAGUGCUCAUCACAAGGGUCCUCUUUAAUCUUCCUCAGCCACCUAGCCCAUCCCUCUCCCACCUCCCUCCAUCAGCCCUCAGUUUUUUCUCCAUCAUUAAGAGUCUCUUAUGGCUUGU